AUGAGUCCCAGACCUAGUCCUGACGGAGACCCGCCGCAACCGCGAACGGGCCAGACGUCUCCAAUCACUCCCGCGCUCGCCGGCGGAUUGAACGCGAGUUCCGAUGCAUUUUACAAUGUCAUUUCUUCUAAUAGUGGUGCUGCUGCCGGUCCGUCUUGGAGCGCUCCGAGGCGCGCCGACAGGGUGGGGAAAGGCGCCAAAGGCGGGCCGGAGAACGCGCUGCACGGCUUUCGCGGAGUGCGGCAGCGCAGUUGGGGGAAGUGGGUGGCGGAGAUCCGCGCGCCGCGCAGCAAGAAGCGCAUCUGGCUGGGGUCGUUCGCAGACGCGCGGACUGCUGCGCUGACGUACGACCGCGCAGCGCGGAAAUUGUACGGGCCGCGCGCGCAGCUCAACUUCUUCGACGAGGCAGCAGUUUCUGCGCCCAUCAGCAGCCACCCUCACGGCGCAAGCUUGCGCGCCGCCGACGCCCGCAGCGGCUUGAUCAGCAGCGGAAGCGGCAGCGGCGGGAGUGCUGCGAGCGACAGCGAAGGUGGCGCUUUUGCAGGCGUGAUCAGCGGCAGCGUCGGAGGCGGAGAGAGAACGAGCCGCUCCGUCGAAACGCCUGCGCAUGUACCGCGCUGCGCGUCGAGCGACGACGCGACGCCUCCGUCACUGGCGAGGUUCGCGUUCACCGGCGGCACGCCGUUUCUAACGCGCGACUCCAACCCAGCGGAGAGCACCGUUAGUGCCGCCAUGGCGGCGGCCUCUCGAACCGCGUCGCUCAACGCAGAAACUCUCGCUGCAGCGCGAUGUGACUACAUCGAUGCCCUGCCACUGCCCAGCAUGACCUUCCAAGAGAUCUUCAACCGCUCGUGUCCGCCGCUCACCGCGCCCGCCGCGGCGUCUACCUCCGCAUCCGCGCUCGGCGCGCGCGCCCCGUCAGCGGAGAAGCGCGGCAUGUGGCAGGGGCCGGUUGAGUCGUUCCGCGCGCCCGCGGCGAGCAGCGCGGGGCGCGUCGACCCGUCGGCGGAGAGCAGGAAGGCUGAGAGCAGGCAAGCGGAGAGCAGGCAACCGAAGUGCGGGGUGCAGGAGAUGGAGGAGGAGUCCGUUGCGUGCUCUGGGUGGAGCAAUGGCGGUGGCGUUGCUAAUCACAGCAUCGUGAAUUGGAAUCAGAAGAACCAGGAUCUUGUCUCGAGUCAGGGCGUUUUUGCUGUAGCAGGAAACCAGGGGGCGGCGAACAUGCAUUUUCCUCCCUGCCCCGCUGUUUUGCCCGCCCAGCUGAGUCAGCAGCCGGCGUUGACGGUGCGUGGGGGGCUUGUUCCCUACGGCAGCAUUUUUGCAAGCCCCCCUGUCAUGUCGGUGGGCGGCAUGCACGCGCCUGGCAUGGCAGUGCCUUGGGGGUGUGGCGUACCAGUGCCGUGGGUGCAGGAGAGAACAGUGGAGCAGCAGGGGGCGAUGGUGCAGGCACUGCGGGAGAGCAGGGCGCAGCUGGUGCGCGAGCAGAUGGGCAGCAUUGGUAGCGCUGUGUCUGCUGGGAAUGCUUGGGCUGCUGAGACUGGUGGUGCUGCCGGGACUGCUGGGGCUGCUGGGUAUGCUGGUGCAGGGGUGUGGAGUGGUAGGUCCACGGAUGGGGCAAAUGCGGUGCAGGGUGGGGGAGCAGGCAUGGAGCAGGGUGCGGAGCAUGGUGAGCUGGACGCAGCAGCAAUCGAGCGCAUGCUGCAGCUCUCAGAAGCCCUGCUCAGUUCAGAGGACCCCCCUCCUCAUGGCCCUCACAUCCCCCAUGGACACAUGGACCCUCCCCCUCAUGGUGCCAAUGCCCCUCGUGGCAGUGUGGUCACUCACGCCUCUGAUGCGGCUCCAUUGGAGGAAGCCAGUGCGCUGCUGGCAUACGGUGAUUACCAGCGUCUGACCACCGGACUGCCUGAUGCCAUGCCCAGCUCCGAGCCUACUGCCGUGCCCCACUCGCGCUCCCUGCAUGUCUCUCUGCCUGGCUCUGUGCCGCACGCUGCUGCUGCUGUUGCUGCUUGUGAGCCUGUGUGCGGGCUUGCUGACCUGGUACCACCUGUGUCCUCCUCCCCCUUGUGCAUGGGAGGGGAGCUAACAGUGCCUGGCAGCCACUGCAUGCUGCCACCUGCAGUGCACAUGGCACCAUGUGAGCCGGCAACUUUUGAGUCGACUCAAAUGCCACCUGCAGUGUGCAUGGCGCCAUCUACAAACCCUUUCCUACGCGUGGCUCAACUAGCCAUCACUAGCAUACUCUCGCCGCGACCUACGCCGUCGCCGCCGUUCCCCCCCCCUCCCGCCGCGAUUACGCCUUCCUCGCCUGCGGAUUCCACCGCCGCGAGCGCAACGCCGCUGUCCCCUCCUCCCCCCCGCCGCGACCCCCUGUCGCCGCCUCCCCUUCUCGCCGCCGCGCCUGAUUCGGCGCCGCCUGCGCAUCCUGCCGCCGCGACGCUUCGUCGCCGCCUGCCCGCUGCCCGUCCCUCCGCCGCGACGUCACGUCGCCGCGUUCCCGCCGCCGCGCCUGCUACGGCGCCGCCUGCGCAUCCUGCCGCCGCGACGCCUCGUCGCCGCCUGCCCGUCCCUCCGCCGCGACGUCUCGUCGCCGCGUUCCCGCCGCCGCGCCUGCUUCGGCGCCGCCUGCGCAUCCUGCCGCCGCGACGCCUCGUCGCCGCCUGCCCGUCCCUCCGCCGCGACAUCUCGUCGCCGCGUUCCCGCCGCCGCGCCUGCUACGGCGCCGCCUGCGCAUCCUGCCGCCGCGACACCUCGUCGCCGCCUGCCCGUCCCUCCGCCGCGACGUCUCGUCGCCGCGUUCCUGCCGCCGCGCCUGCUUCGGCGCCGCCUGCGCAUCCCGCCGCCGCGACGCCUCGUCGCCGCCUGCCCGUCCCUCCGCCGCGACGUCACGUCGCCGCCUCCCCUUCCCGCCGCCGCGCCUGCUUCGGCGCCGUCUGCCCGUCCCGCCGCCGCGACAGCUCGUCGCCCCCUGCCCGUCCCGCCGCCGCGACCUAA